AUGUGUUACUGUGAAGGUGUUUAUGUUUUGAUCAGUUCGACACUUGCUAUUUCGCAAGUAUGCAAAUGAUACAUUCCUUUGCAUCCAGUGAGCGAGCACCUGAUGAUUUCCAUCAUAAAUUUACCAGCCGAAACGCCAUCUGAAUAUUUCGCUACUGCGCCGCGAAGCCGCAGCACAUGUGAGGCACUGUUCUGGCAACAUAACAGACCAUCAAAUUACAAGGCAUACUUGCCGGAUGGAAGACGAAUCGGAUAUCCAAAUCCACCGGUUCUUGAUUGUCCAGCUGAGGAGAAGAACAGUUUGUUCUGGAAAAUACAUGACGAGCAUGAGCACCAUCGUUAUGCGAUUGCGACAUUCGUCAGGAAGACAAGUGAAAUGGUAGAAGAAGCAGGGCAAAUCUUUCUACGAAUAGAGCCCACAAGCAACAAGGAGUUAGCCGAAUUCAAAAAUGAGCGCCCAACCAAACUCGAGCUUCCCAUCAGCUGA